UAACGGAAGUUUGAAAUUACGCGCCACAAAUGUCAUGGAUAAAAAAAAAUAUUCCACCAUAACAUUGGAGUUGUGUAUGAAUUGUUAUUUGGCCACAGGAUUGUUGAACGCUUUAUAACACAAUUUGACUUUUUGGAAGUAAAAUGUCUUUACUCAAACCAUUUAGUAAACUUCCUGGACUAAACACGGCGAACAUACUGCUGGUGGAGAACGAAGAGCAAUUUCAGCAGAAGUUAGCUGACACUGUUGUUCUUCAAGAGAAGACUGUCAACGUCAAUGUAAGGUUGGCCAGAAGCCUCCCACUCCCCAUGGAAAAUGAGGAGUCUCGGCCGCGGAUAGAUCUGGUGGUUUUCAUCAUUCACCUAACCUCAGAGCUCAGCUUCCAGUCAGCAGAGACCUCCCUCAAGUAUUUAGACCCAGGUUACUUCCAGGGCAAAGUCUGCUUCCUGGUUACCAGUGCUCGUAAUGUGUCAGUGCCCCCUGAGCGGCUGGUCUCUGUGAGGACGCUGGCUGCAUCCCUCCACUGCCCCUUAUUGUGUGCAGAGGAUCAGACAACAGAGGGGGUGACCACGGCAGCAUGCCGAUUACUGGCAAUUCUCAAGGUAGCGGCCGGUCUUGUCCCUAUGGCAACUGGUCUCUACCUGUCCACCUUGACCCGCUGCACUGUGCCCUCUGACAUUGACCAGCAGAAUUUUGAGUGAUCUUUAACCCAGUCCAGAACAUCACCUGGACGAGCCAAGUCUGGUUGACCAGGUAGUUACAUGGACUGUUACUUGUGCUCAAUAGCUAUUGCGGUCUCUAAAACAGAUAAACGUAACAGGUUUAUAUAGAGUGGACUGCAUGUGAUAACAUUAACAUUUUGUUUGUAUAUACAGUUUGUUUACCAUGCACUUAGUACCUUUUAAAAAAUACAUUUUUGGUUUUGUUCACAUUGUAAACUUUUAACCAUUUACAUUUUUUUGUGGCUUUGAUCUCAUUUGUAAAGGAAAUGGUCUGGUAUCGUUGUAAAUAUAAUUGACGUUACACACUAACCUUACUUUUUUAGAAUGUCUCUUGUUGCUGUGUCAAUAUACUGACAUUAGGUGGAGUGCCUGCUGCCUGGCGAAAGCCGUUGGUUCAAUGCCUCCAAAUUGCUUUCUGGUUGCUAUAGAAACAGGAUGAUAGAAAGGAUGUGGUUUUCUGAGAUACGCCCAACAGUGACAAUUGAACCAUGCAAUUGAUGUCCCCUUAUCUUUCAUUAUGUAGUGUUUCUUUGACCUACGUGAGAAAUAAACGGCUUAGCUAGUUGAUACAAUCUUAAAGAUGCUUUUAUCAAGGUUUUGUAAAAUUUCAGCCAGUAGUUUUAAAAGUACUCGAGUCAAAAUAGGUUCCUGAAAAUUGUGUACAACGUCAACCAUUUUGUAUGCAAUUUUUUUUAAAUAACACAAUUCUUGCAAUAUGUUACAAAUGUGUUUGUGCUUAAGAUCCUGUUAAACCUUUUUAAUUGUGAACCAGCUAUUUGCAGACUCCUGACCUCCUCACUCCUACCCGUCUCCCUCCUCCCACCUAUUUCCUCCAUCCCUAAACUCUAAGUUCACAUCCCCUUCCUGUUCAGAUCAGGUAUUUUGAUAACCCUAGGUUGAAGAUCUCCAGUGUGCUAUCCCACUGGACAAAGACAUCAGUUCAACGUCAUUUGAUUGAGUUUUCAACUAACAUAAAUUCAACAUGAAAUAACAUAUUUGAACCAUGUAACUGGAUUUAGGUUUUAAAGUUGGGUCAAAAAACAGAAACAUUCCCGAAAUCCCUUUACAUUGACUACUUUUUUUGCAUAUCCAAUAAGUUUUCCACAUUGAUUCAACAUCAUCAAAUGUAUUUUGUUGUAUUUGAAAUGGCGUAGAAACAACAUGCAGUUGAAGUCGGAUGUUUACAUACACCUUA